GUUCAUUGUUCAAUGUUCAAGCUUUUCACUUUACUUACUGUGUUGUAACUCCGAUCGGAUUAGUUAGAUUCUUUCUAGUUAAUUAUUAUUUAUUUCACUGGUGUUAUGUGCAAUUGCUAAUAAUUACUGUUUACCUUCGUAAAAUGUGGAAAACAAUACGUAUCCUAUCGAAUUCUGUACGAAUCGUUUUGUAGCUGAGAUUUCGCUGUACAAUAACUAUAUUGAAUAACUGGAGCACUCCAAAUUGUUGUUCGAUUAGAGUUUAACGAUCCGAUUGCGUCUAGCUCUUAAAUGUUGAAGUAACUGUACGACAGAUUCCAAUAUUUGACAUAUUUUGUACUACAAAAAUGAGUCGACAACCAGAAAACCAUAUCAUGGAUAUUCCUCCUCCUGUAUAUACAAAUGUGGCAAAUAAUACUCAAACAGGAGAAUCAGAAAAUGGAAAUGUUGAUACAAUUCAGCAAAAUCCAGUUCAUGCACCGACAUCACCACAGCAUUAUGAUGCACAGCCUCCAAGAUUAGACUUUUCAGCUCCUCCGCCAUAUGAAGACUGUAACCCAGAUUUUGUAAAGCUACCAACUUAUGAAGAAGUGCAAAUGGAAAAGCGAUUAGAAGGAGAAACAUCUCCAAGAUUACCUGGAAGAGUUAUUGGAGGACCUCCUAGCAUCGGGCCAUUGCCACAAGAAAUACCUGCACAAACAUUGACUGUUCUUACGAUUGAUGCUGCACCGAAUCCAUGUGAAAUUGAUACAAAUUUAUUAGGCACAGACUAUAUGUUUUUAACUGCUUUUUUGGUGGCUUUGCUAUUCAAUUGGGUGGGUUUCUUGGUGUUAAUGUGUUUAUGUCAAACUGUAGCAGCUCGUUAUGGAGCACUUGCUGGAUUUGGAUUAUCAUUAGCAAAAUGGACAAUGAUAGUUAAACGAAAUACUGAGAUGUCUGAUUUAUCACCAGAAAGUCGUUCAAAUACAUGGCUUUGGUGGUUAGUUAUGGCAUUUGGAUUUUUGAUUUGUAUUCGAGCUGUCAUACAAUAUAUGAAUAUUAAACGUGGUUGGAGGCUGCUUAGUGUUCCUGCACAAGAACGAGUGUUAUAUUUUUAUUAAAAUGUUUGAUCUGAUGGUAAUGUAAAGCAAGUAUGUGAAAUAUUUAUUUUUGUUCAUGUUUUAUUUUAUGUUUAAAGUCAUAAGAAUGUUAUUAGAAAAUUGUUAGAAAAAAUAAUAACUUAUAUAAAUUCAAGUA